UCCUCCAAUCACCUGCCGCUCCGUUUGACUGGCAGCCAGCAGACUAUUGAGCCGCCCCUCGAGUAGCCCGAGUCAUUCCCAGUUUCAAGUCCGAAUCCAUCAUGUCGAAGAAAACCGCGACGAAGGAAGUAGAGGAGGUGGUGCGUGUCGGCCCGUCGCUCAAGGAGGGCGAGCAGGUGUUCGGCGUUGCCCACAUCUUCGCCUCGUUCAACGACACGUUCGUGCACGUGACCGACCUGUCUGGCCGCGAGACGAUCGUGCGUGUGACUGGCGGAAUGAAGGUCAAGGCCGAUCGUGACGAGGCCUCGCCCUACGCCGCCAUGCUUGCCGCCCAGGACGUGGCCGCCAAGUGCAAGGAAGUUGGCGUCACCGCUCUGCACAUCAAGAUUCGCGCUACGGGCGGCAACCGGACCAAGACUCCGGGCCCCGGCGCGCAGUCGGCCCUUCGUGCGCUUGCUCGCAAUGGCCUGAAGAUCGGACGUAUUGAGGACGUGACCCCCAUCCCGACGGACAGCACCCGCCGAAAGGGUGGUCGCCGUGGUCGCCGUCUUUAGGCGCACGGACUGGGGACUUGUUCUCAAAUGGCUUACAAUGCUCGUAUUGUGGACGUUUGGAGCAGCUCAUGGGCUGGGAAGUGCUUCCUCACGUGUUACAACGGGCUCUGGGUAUUAUGCUGGUGCUAGUGCAUUCGAUUGGCUAUUAGUCUAACCAUGAGAUUGUAAUUUACGCCUGUAUACUCGGAAACUUUGACGCGCUU